GAAAACCGAUCGGCUCUACUCGCUUUUUUCUUCUUCACUCCGAUCAGAUCGCUCUCUUUACCUUCUCCGCCGCCAGCUGGCCUGUUUAUAUAUCCCGCCACAGCGAUCGUUCCAACUACGCCGGCCAGAAACCAAAAAAAACCUCCACUGCCGGACCGAUAUAACAGGAAACGCUUUCUAUUUCUGGAUUCCGUGAACGACGGUGGAGCCGCUCGACAUUCCUCCGCCAUUGAUCAGCUCUCCCUCAAUAUAUAUAUAUCGCAGCAAUUGUGAAUAUAUUUUGUUUCUCUUCUCGACGAGCGAGGUGUCUUCUUUAGUUCUUUGUGUAGGCGAGCGACGGAAUUUGAGGGAGGCGAUUUAUCAGUGAUUUUGAAUUUCGUAGAGAGAGGAGAGUACUACUGAAGAAGAUUCUCUGAAUUCUAUUUUUGUCUCCUUCGUUUUGGUUUGUGCGACGAGAGCAGAUAUGAGUUUCAACUCUUCGAACGGGUUGUUGUCGACGACGACGCCGACAAUGUCGGAGCGCGACCUGGAGUCCGGCGUCACUUCCGACGCCGCGGCGGGGAAGGGAUUCGACGAUGAGGAGAAGAAGAAGAAGAAGAAGGUGGUGGAUGAGGAGGAGGAGGAAGAGGACGUGGAGGAUGAAUCUGAUCCUUUUGAUAUUGCUCAGACCAAGAAUGCUUCUCACAAUACUCUCAGAAGAUGGAGGCAAGCAGCGUUGGUUUUGAAUGCUUCUCGCCGAUUUCGGUACACUUUGGACUUGAAGAAGGAAGAGGAGAAAGAGCAAAGAAGGCGGACGAUUAGAGCUCAUGCACAAGUCAUCAGAGCAGCGUUGCUUUUCAAGUUGGCUGGAGAAAGACAAAUAGUGUCAGGUUCCUCGGUUGCACCUCCAACUCCUAGCGGUGAUUUUGAUAUUGCGGUUGAACAGCUAUCGACGAUGAACAGGGAUCAUAACGUUGAAGCUCUACAACAAUAUGGGGGAGUUAGAGGUUUAGAACGUAUGUUGAAAACAAACUUGGAGACGGGAGUUAGCCCAGAUGAGGCUGACAUGUUAAAUCGGAAGAAUGUGUUUGGAGCAAAUACGUACCCUCGGCGAAAAGGAAGAAGCUUCUUGAGAUUCCUAUGGGAAGCUUGGCAAGAUCUUACCCUUAUCAUCUUGAUGGUAGCUGCCGUAUUGUCAUUAGCUUUGGGAAUAAAGACAGAGGGUAUCAAAGAAGGAUGGUAUGAUGGUGCGAGCAUAUAUAUUGCUGUUAUCCUCGUCAUAGUUGUUACAGCUGUUAGCGAUUAUCGCCAGUCUUUACAGUUCCAAAAUUUGAACGAUGAAAAGAGAAAUAUACAGCUAGAGGUCAUGAGAGGUGGGAGAGCAGUGAAAACUUCAAUUUUUGAUAUUGUUGUUGGAGAUAUUAUACCUCUUCGAAUAGGUGAUCAGGUGCCAGCUGAUGGAGUCUUAAUUAGCGGCCACUCUCUUGCCUUGGACGAAUCUAGCAUGACUGGUGAAAGCAAAAUUGUUCACAAGGACCAAAAGUCACCCUUCUUGAUGUCUGGUUGUAAAGUUGCCGAUGGAGUUGGUACCAUGCUGGUCACUGGAGUUGGAAUUAAUACCGAGUGGGGACUUCUGAUGGCAAGUAUCUCAGAGGAUACGGGUGAAGAGACUCCAUUACAGGUCCGGUUGAAUGGAGUUGCAACUUUUAUAGGAAUUGUUGGUCUUGCAGUAGCUGUCUUAGUGCUUGUUGUUCUUUUGGCUCGGUUCUUCACUGGGCAUACAAAAGAUGCGGAUGGAUCUGUCCAGUUUGUUAAAGGCCACACCAAGUUCAGUACAGCUUUAGAUGGAGUCGUCAAAAUUAUCACCAUAGCAGUUACUAUUGUAGUGGUUGCUGUACCUGAGGGACUUCCCUUGGCUGUUACCUUGACCCUGGCAUAUUCAAUGCGAAAGAUGAUGGCAGAUAAAGCAUUGGCAAGUAUCAGUGUUCGUAGGCUCUCAGCAUGUGAAACUAUGGGUUCAGCAACAACAAUCUGCAGUGACAAGACUGGGACGUUGACCUUGAAUGAGAUGACUGUGGUUGAUGCAUGUGUUGGGAAAAAUAGAAUAAAUCCAGCCAGUGACUCUUCAGAAUUACACACAGAAGCUAGAUCGUUGUUGUGCGAAGGUGUUGCUCAGAAUACCACAGGCAAUGUUUUUGUUCCUAAGACUGGCGAGGCUGUAGAGGUUACUGGAUCACCCACUGAAAAGGCUAUCCUUUCAUGGGCAGUCAAGUUAGGAAUGAAGUUUGAUACAAUCAGAUCGGAGUCUAAGGUCCUCCAUGUUUUCCCUUUCAACUCUGAGAAAAAGCGAGGCGGAGUUGCCGUGAAGACGACUGAUAACAGCGUCCACGUACAUUGGAAGGGUGCAGCUGAAAUAGUUCUUGCUUCAUGCAGCGGGUAUCUCGACUCAAAUGGUUGUGUGCAGUCCAUCGAUAAUGAUAAGGAAUAUUUCAGGGGUGCCAUUGAUGACAUGGCUGCACACAGCUUGCGUUGUGUUGCCAUUGCUUACAGGUCAUAUGAAUUGGAAAAAGUCCCCACUGAUGAUGAGGCCUUGGCAAAAUGGGUUCUGCCUGAAGACAGUCUUGUAUUGCUUGCAAUUGUUGGCAUUAAGGAUCCUUGCCGGCCAGGUGUUAAAGAUGCAGUGAGAAUAUGUACUAGUGCUGGUGUUAAGGUUCGGAUGGUUACUGGGGACAAUAUACAAACGGCAAGAGCAAUAGCUUUAGAGUGUGGGAUUUUAGGCUCCACCGCUGAGGCUAGCGAGCCAAAUGUCAUAGAAGGCAAAGUUUUUCGUGCAUACUCUGAGAAAGAAAGAGAGCAGAUUGCUCACAGAAUAACGGUGAUGGGAAGGUCCUCUCCUAAUGACAAGCUUUUGCUUGUCCAAGCCUUGCGCAAGAGAGGGGAAGUUGUGGCUGUGACUGGUGAUGGCACGAACGACGCUCCUGCACUCCAUGAGGCAGAUAUAGGCUUAUCGAUGGGCAUUCAAGGGACAGAAGUAGCUAAAGAGAGCUCAGACAUCAUUAUACUCGAUGACAAUUUUGCUUCAGUUGUAAAGGUUGUACGCUGGGGCCGUUCUGUCUAUGCUAAUAUCCAGAAGUUCAUCCAAUUCCAACUCACUGUUAAUGUCGCUGCUUUAGUGAUAAAUGUUGUGGCUGCCAUCUCUUCUGGUGAUGUCCCCUUAAAUGCAGUGCAGCUUUUAUGGGUUAAUCUUAUAAUGGAUACACUUGGAGCACUUGCAUUGGCAACCGAACCACCUACGGAUCAUCUUAUGCAUAGAACACCAGUUGGACGAAGGGAACCCCUGAUUACAAACAUCAUGUGGAGGAACUUACUGAUACAGGCGUCAUACCAAGUUGUGGUGCUUCUUGUGCUCAACUUCUCCGGGAUCUCGAUUCUGCGGCUGGAACAUGAUACCAAAGAGCAUGCUACGGAUGUGAAGAAUACCAUGAUUUUCAAUGCUUUCGUCCUGUGCCAGAUAUUCAAUGAGUUCAAUGCACGUAAACCUGACGAAAUCAAUGUCUUCGAUGGGGUAACGAAGAACAACUUGUUUAUGGGCAUAGUUGGAUUUACUUUCAUCCUCCAGAUAAUCCUGAUCGAGUUCACUGGGAAGUUCACAAAGACAGUGAGGCUAAGUUGGAAGCUAUGGCUUGUUUCAGUGGCCAUUGGUUUCGUCAGCUGGCCUCUUGCCGCAGUUGGAAAACUCAUCCCCGUGCCUGAAACUCCAGCGUCUGAAUACUUCAUUAGGCCAUUGAGGAAGUUGAGAAAUCGCGGCCACAGCAGCAGCAGUAGUCAGGACCAUUAAAUGAAUCAGCCGUCUCGUUUGAAAUCCCCGUGCCAAUCGAUUGCAUUUCUGACGGAGUAGCUUUUACUAGGUGGAGAAUCAUAACAAAGAAGAGUAGAUAUCACACAGUAAAUGUAUAUCCUUUAAAUGUAAAGCUCUAAUCAUCAGCUCAAAGUGUAAAGGAAUUUAACUAUUUUUUCGGCGAUCUGGAUCUGCAUUUGCUUCGUUCAGGCCUCAGUAGUAUCAUGGAUCGUAGUAGAAAAUUUUAGUGGCAGUUUUAGUUGCUCACCGCCAGCAGGGUUUCUCUUGGUGCUUUUUCCGUUACUUCCCUGCUCGAGAUGUGCCUCUCGUGGCAAAUGAUUUAAACCCGACGGGGAAAAUAUGUGUAGAGAACUACUCGAUGAAAGUGAAUUUACACACUGAUUCCUUCAUCCAGGGUUUAAGCAAAUACAGAUCGAGUUCUGAACUUCUGUUGAUUCUGCUAAUCCUAAUCCUUCCUAGCAUGUACCCGAAAAAACACCGAAGAGAGGCACUAAACAUACUACUAAACAUACUAUUCUAGUUACAGUGCCAAAGCAGCAAAAAAGGUUAGCCCUAGGUCCCUUAACAGCAGCAGUAGAUAAUGUCACUACUGAACCACAAAAUUCCCCCCCUAAAAACGAGUAAACAAGUGGCUAUUUGGUAAAAGGGUCUCUACAAAGCAGUCAAGAGUGUUCUUCAGCCACCAAAAUAGUCGCGGCUACUAGUCGUCCUUUCCUAGAUCAGGUUACUUCUUGUGGAGCAGGAGUGUAUUGCAGACAGACACUUCGAGCACAAGACCCUCCUUCUGAAUCAGCUCAAAGCAACAGACUUCACCUUCCUGAAGAGAGUUGUCCCUCGCAAAGUCCGACCAGCCACCGAAGAUCCUAUACGAAGCACGAUAACGUUUCGUAGCCUUAACGCCCCACGAUCUAGCUCCCACCUUUAGCUUCAGAAACACAGGAUCCUUCUUGAAGUACAGCGCUGAAAAGCUCGAUGGUAUCGUGAUAUGGGAACACACCGGCCGCUUUCCUAACUUCACUUGGAAACAUGGUUUGCUGGAGGUGAAUGCGACUGCCACUUCCUCUUCACCCAACUGCUCGACCUUACUGCCAACUUUGUUCCUGGAACUAUGAAGAACACUUCUCUCUGAUUCUCGUCCUCUGCUAGCAGUCUCAGUCUGUCCACUUGGAGCCCUUCUACAAGUGGGCUUCUUCUCCUCAGCCAACUCAUCGCCAUAGAGCUGCUUCCCACAGCCAUUACGUCCUCUGCUCCUGGAAUCAGGAAGAGCCCGUCUCUCAGAUUCUGGCAGUCUACCGAUUGCACCAUCGUUCCUCGCUGAAUCGCCUGCCAUCACCCUCUUUCGAGGCGGAGGAGGCGAGUAACUGUUCACCGGCAAUGGCGACCUGCUUCUUCUCUUCCUUUGGUUUGCAGGAGACCACCCAUCUGAAGAAAAUCCCUCGGAAUCCCUUGUGGGUUUUGGGAAUUUCUUCCGAGGAUCUUCACCAACAGCAGCAGCAGCAGCAGCAGUGGGAGGAUGUAUGAUGACAGGGUACUGAAUCUCGGAUCCAGUGGGAUCAAAGAUGAGGACGGAGAAGAGAGAAACAUUUUCUCCUCCUCCUCCGUUGUAUCGGAAAACCACAGAGUAGCCAGGCGUCAAGGAAUAGAACUCCCGAAACCUUUUAAAACCUUCAUUCUGGAACCAGAGCCUGCCUUCGCUGUCUGCCCUAGAAACCUCCACUUUCCAGGUCAUCGGGCCCGGAACUUGGAUCGUCGCGCGGCCCGACAGCUCCCUGCCGUGCUUCCUUGCGAAACUUCUGGGAAUCAACUGCCCAGACAAACACACAAGAAUAAGGAAGACGAAGAAGAAGGAAAGAAAGACAAAAAAAAAAAAAAAACAGGAAGAAGAAGAAGUGGGGGAACGGAGGAGAAAAUUGAGAGUACUGACAAGCCUGUUGGUAUGGAGAGUUUGACGGAGAAUCUGUUUCGAGAAAUGUGGGGCGGAAGGCUCGAAUAGCAAACAACCUUCGGGUCUCCGGCCGGCGACAGUUGCUGCCAUUUCUCCGGCUAAGGAAAGGAAGCGAGAAAUGCCCAACCCGCAACUGUGUCUGUGUGGUUGGCGUGGGCGUAGUGACCAGUGGAGUUUGAAUGAGCUCUACUGCCGGGGGAACUUCGCCAGGAAGUUUGUUCGACGGGCUGGGCACGAAUCCCCGUAACGGCGGGCGAGUAAGGAACUGACAGGUGGUUCUGUGGGAGUGGCCGAGUGGCCUGAGAGGGAGGGAGAGAGAUCCUGCAGCACAGAGCCGUGUAUUUGUUUUCUCCUUUCAGCCCUCAAACUAUGGGGAUUUUCUUACUGAAGUGCACGUAUAACUUUUUCUUACCUAU